UAGGAAGUGCGGCGGGACUCGGCGGAAGCGGCUUCUGAACUUGUUGCCACGUCGGUUUUGGAUAAAGAGUUAAAUCCAGCAAAUAUACCAAUAAAUACUUUCCUGGAGGGUUUCGCGUUUGGCCGCUGUCAUGGUUUCGGUUAUCAACACAGUGGACACCUCUCACGAGGACAUGGUCCAUGACGCCCAGAUGGAUUACUACGGGACCCGGCUCGCCACUUGUUCCUCUGACCGCACCGUAAAGAUCUUUGACGUCAGGAACGGAGGACAGAUACUCGUGGCGGACCUCAGAGGUCAUGAGGGACCCGUGUGGCAAGUAGCAUGGGCUCAUCCGAUGUUUGGCAACAUCCUGGCGUCGUGUUCCUACGACCGCAAAGUAAUCGUGUGGAAGGAGGAGAACGGCGCCUGGGACAAGAUGUACGAGUACACCGGACACGAGUCGUCAGUGAACUCUGUCUGCUGGGGUCCUUAUGAGUUUGGUUUAAUCCUGGCCUGCGGCAGCUCAGAUGGAGCAAUUUCCCUUCUAACAUUGACUGGAGAUCAGCAGUGGGACGUCAAGAAGAUCAACAACGCACACACUAUUGGCUGUAACGCAGUGAGUUGGGCUCCUGCCGUAGUUCCAGGCAGUCUGAUUGAUCAGCCGUCAGGACAGAAGCCAAACUUCAUCAAGCGCUUCGUCUCUGGAGGCUGUGACAACCUUGUUAAACUCUGGAAGGAGGAGGACGGUCAGUGGAAGGAGGAUCAGAAGUUGGAGGCACACAGUGAUUGGGUGAGAGAUGUUGGCUGGGCCCCUUCUAUUGGUCUUCCCAGCAGCACCAUCGCCAGCUGCUCUCAGGACGGACGUGUCUUUAUCUGGACAUGUGACGACCCUGCAGGCAACACCUGGACAGCCAAACUGCUCCACAAGUUCAAUGAUGUGGUUUGGCACGUCAGCUGGUCCAUUACCGGGAAUAUUCUUGCCGUUUCUGGUGGCGACAACAAGGUGUCGCUGUGGAAGGAGUCGAUGGACGGCCAGUGGGCCUGCAUCAGUGACGUCAGUAAAGGCCAGGGCGCCGUCUCCACCAUCACAGACACGCAGCAGACCGAGCAGUGACGCGGCUUCUGGAUGACCCGACCUUUUAAAGAUGAAUCGACAAACACUCUGGACAUUUGGACUGAAAAAAACAAGACAUUGUCCUGUGUGGCAGAGCUCAAUCCCCCGUCUGUGUUUGAAUGUUUGGAUGCGCGCUUGAAGCCACAAACCUCCAGAGAAAUAUGUGUGAGAUUCAACAUGGAGAAGAUGCAUUCACAAUUAAUUCAAUGUUUCCUUCUCUUUCCCAUUUCGAUGAUGUUUAGGAAUAAAAACAUGGUUACCAAUGUAUUUUCUAUCAGAUGCACUCCAGCAUAUUUUUUAUUUUCUCACUUUAAAGAUUUCACUUGCUCAUAAUUGCUGGUCCAAAUUUGAUCCGUACACCUGCUCCACCUUCACGGUGUUCUGCUCCUCAAACAUUCCACCUCCACCAGCAGAAAACACCACCGGUACCAUCCAGGGUGAUCCCCGAAUCCAUCCAUAAAAACAUCCCUCAACACUCAUUUAAUAACUACUUCAUCCAGAUGAGCUGGAAAACGAGUCUUGCAGAAACAGCAGGUUGUUUCUUUGGGUUUGAUGAUGCUUCUCCAAAUAUACCACCAGAUCUCAAGCUGCAGACGCUUGAAUGACGACAAAAGUGGAAAAUCACUUUAAUUCCUGGUUUUGACUCAAUUGAAUAAAUGCUUUCCUUAAUAUUGAUGUUUCAUUUGUUAAAUUGUGUCUCUGCCUUAAUCAAUUUCAGAGCCAGGGCAAACGUGAGAGGAACGUGGUUGUGGGAUGUUUAAUCUUCCAGCAGUAAAAUCAGAAACCAUGGAUGUGUUUUUCAUAUUUGAUGUAAUUAAAUAACUGUUAAUGUUCAAA